GUCUGUACAGGCCACCCAAGCAUUGGCGGCAGCGUUCGACGCAACACCUACGUCACGCCAGCAACGCGACGCCGCGCUGGCGUCCGCAGCACUACUUACGCUGGCUUUGGUGCGCAGCACACGAGCCAUGGCCGCCAUGACGACCGGGAGCCAACCCAAGGUGCUGGUAUUCGGCUACGGCUCGAACGGAGUCGCGCAGCUUAGAGCGCGCUGCGCAAAUCCAACGUUAACGCUGCGGCCGGCGCGCCUGCCCGACCACGCGCGGGUCUUCUGCCUCCGGAGCCCGCGCUGGGGCCAAGGUGGCGUCGCGUCGCUGGCGCCGGCCCCGAACCAGCACUGCCUCGGCAGCGUCGCCGAGCUUUCAGUGAAGGAGAAGGAGCUGCUCGACAAGUUCGAGAAGCCGGCGUACCGGGACGUGACCGUAACCAUAGAGGUGCGGGGCGACGACGGUGCUUACAUCCAAAGGCAAGCCAUAGCUUACGUCGGCGGUAGUGGUGAAGACGCCUUCACGCUGCCCUUCACGACGCCGCCGUCCGAGGCGUACCUCGUGGCGAUCCGGUCCCACCUUAGGGACCACUGGGACGACGUCGAUCAGAUCGACGUGCGCUGCGCGGCGCGCGGCGCCGUCGCCCAGUGGAGCUACCCGUACCAAAACCCGACGCGCCUGGACCUGGCGUCGCUCUGCGUCGAGGUCAACGCGCGGCGCACGGCGCCGUGGACGAUGCCCGCCGCGAUCCGGCCGCGCUGCACGGCGCUCGUGGAGGCCGGCCUGACUACGACGGCGGAGGUCGCCGCGGCGCUCUGCGACCGGCGAAGCGCGUUUUCCGCCGUGGACUGGGACGACGACGGCCUCCGGGCGCUGGCGCAGGUGCCGCUGCACCGCGUUUUUGUCUACGGGAGUUUGUUGACGGGCCUGCACAACGCCGGCCGUCUCGCGGGAGCGCGCCUUCUCGGCACCGCGACGACGUUUGAUGAAUACGCGCUCCGGUCGGCGGGCGCCUACCCCUACGCCGUCGACGGCGCGGACGCGCCGGGCCUCUCCACCACCCCACUCGCCGGCGAGCUCUACGUCUGCUCGACGGACCAGCUCGACCGCCUGGACGCGCUCGAGGACCACCCUUCUUAUUAUCAGAGAAGACGCGUACGGCUUCGGGGCGACGACGCCGAGGCCUGGAUGUAUGUGCUGCGCGACGCCGGCGCGCUCGCAGAAAUCCGGGCGCGGCCCGACGCCUACGCCGACGCGGCGGGCGACUGGCGCGCGUUUUUGGAGAGAAAUAAUUAGAC